GUAUCUAGGUGUCUGGGUGCUAUGGAGGAGCCCCGUCCACUCAUUUGAUUUUGAUCCAUCACAAGUUCAUCUAGAUACACUCUUUCUUUAUCAUCAAUCGACCUUUUCCUUGCAUAAUGUACUUCAUGACUUUAUACAUUCGCUCUGAAAACCAAGCAGAAUCAUCUCAACAGUAACGGAAGCCUUUUCCCCGUGUCUGGUGCGACACAAGUCAUUAAAAAGUGACUUUGAACAGCGUCAACGACCAAGCAACAUGUUCGACCAAAAGUUCUUGAACUCAUCCUCGACACUCGUCGUCCCUAAUGGGCGUCAGAGCUCCAGACACGAGCAUCGACCGCCUCUCAACUCAACCAUUACACUCAUUCAAGCCACCACUCACGACUCAGACCGUACUUUGCCUCAUGAAAGCAUCCCCGAAGAAGUCCAUGACGAUCAGUACAACCGGUUCUCGCCUACUCGAAAAAUCACUGUCGUUAUCCUCCUUUCAUAUUCUGCUAUCCUUGGACCCAUAUCCUCCACUGCCAUCUUAGCCUCUGUCCCCGAGAUUGCCAGAACAUUCGAAACAGACGCAGAUAUUAUCACUGCCAGCAACGCUCUUUACCUAGCUUCCAUGGGGAUCGCUGCCCUCCUCUGGGGUCCUUUGAGUCAAAUCUCGGGCCGCCGUCCGAUCCUCAUCGCUAGUUCAAUACUAUUCUUUCUUUUUACUGUGGCCACAGCGCUAUCCCCCAAUCUAGAAGCCUACUUUAUCUUUCGCAUAUGUGCCGCGUUUCAGGGAACUGCAUUUCUAGUGCUUGGAAGUGCUACCGUGGGCGAUAUCUAUGAGCCAAUGUCUCGUGCCUUACCAUUGGGAUGGGUAUUGUCAGGUAGUGUGACCGGGCCUGCCCUUGGUCCCUUUCUAGGUGGAGUCGUGGCUACCUUCCGCCCAUGGAGAUGCAUUUUCUGGCUGCUUGCUGCAUUAAACGGCUUCGCAGCAGUCCUCAUCUUGCUAUUCUUUCCGGAGACCAUCAGUCACAAAUUAAACACCCAUUUCAAAGGGAAGAGUCUGCCUCAGCAAACCAAGCAACUAUGGAGUCACAUCUCCCCCCUUCGCAUUGCGCGCUUGGUCUUUUCUUACCCGAACAUUUUCCUCACUAGCCUUACUGCCGGCGCCUUAGUGUGGAAUCAAUACGCCCUUCUCACCCCCAUUCGCUACGUCCUCAACCCUCGCUUCCACCUUGAAAGCCCCAUUGAAGCCGGCCUCUUCUACCUCGGCCCCGGUGGUGGCUACAUAUUUGGCACCUUUUUUGGUGGCCGUUGGGCCGAUCUUGUGGCUCGGAAAUACAUCCGUAUCCGCAACGGACGACGCAUACCAGAAGACCGUCUCCGCUCUUGCGUCUCCUUCAUUCUCUUUGCUAUUCCGGCAUGCAUCCUUGUUUAUGGUUGGACAGUUGACAAAGAAGUCGGAGGAAUACCAGUCCCCGUUGUCGCUAUGUUUAUUCAAGGGGUGGCCACGAUGUUCUGCUUCCCCAGUUUGAAUACUUACGGACUGGAUGUUAUGCAGGAGAGUGGUAGAAGUGAGGAGGUUGUCGCGGCGAACUUCGUUUGCCGGUAUAUGUUUGCUGCCCUCGGGUCGGGUGUCGUUCUACCUGCUCUUGAGGCAAUGGGCGUGGGGUGGUUCAGUACCAUCUCGGCGCUGUUGCUGGUAGCUGUAGGUGGUGGCUUAUAUCUGACCGCGGAGUAUGGUCCUCGAUGGAGGGAAGCGGUUGAUGCAAAGCUUCAGGCUAAGAAGGAAGAAAAGUGGAAAAGGAAGAGCGCCUCGCAUGUUUAAAUCUUCAGCAACCCAUCUGGGUCGCCACGUCAUAAGCAUAAUACCCAACUGCAUUGAUGAUUGAUCUCGG